AUGCCGUUGAUUCAUAAGGUGCGCUUGAGCGUAAAAGACGGAUACACCGACGAGCAGCCUUCCACGCAAUUUACGGCACAGCUUCCGUGCGAGGUGAGGCCGGUCUUCGGCCCCGGCACCGUCUUGCAGCCGGCGCCUCAGCCUGUCUCCUAUGCCCUUCUGCACCUCUCUACAUCCGAUCCGUCUCAACCAACUUUCUUCCAAGUACAGCUCCAAUCUUCGCCUAUCUCCCCCCCUCCGCCACCGGCGAGCGGCACGUCUCUUUCCGUAUGCUACACCAGUACGGGUGCAAUAUUGUCUUUGCCACCGAAAAAGAAAGAUAUUUAUCGCCCCUACUGCCUCGGGGAUCAUGCGUUUCUACACCGUGCAGAGGAGGACCUCAACGCAGCACACGCGAUACUGGAUUUGAGUGCACACGCUGUAUUUCUAUCGACGCAGCCACGACCUGAGCCGGCGCCUCCCGAACCGCCGCCUGCACAGCCAGACCCUCCGAUUCCGGAACCGCCGCCGGUCAAGCGGACUAGAAAGACCAUCGCUUACACCUACGACGCUUUCUUCGUAAGUGACGGUCGCUCAAAGCGACGCAACGUUGUCAACGCCCCGGAGGAAUGCGCCCAGCUGCCCGAGCAGAAGUCCAAGUACACGUGCAACGAGUGCGGAAAGCGGUACGCAACUUCUUCAAACCUCUCCAGACACAAGCAGACGCAUCGUAGCCUAGACUCAGUGGCGGCCAAGCGUUGCGGUGAAUGCGGCAAGGCAUACGUUUCGAUGCCCGCACUCGCAAUGCACGUGCUUACACACCAACUGUCCCACGUGUGUGGCGUGUGUGGCAAACUGUUCUCGCGGCCCUGGCUGCUUCAGGGCCACCUGCGCUCCCACACCGGCGAGAAGCCAUACGGCUGCGCUCAUUGCGGUAAGGCGUUCGCCGAUCGCUCCAAUCUCCGUGCACACAUGCAGACACAUUCGUCAGAUAAAAACUUCGAAUGUUCGCGUUGCCAUAAGACUUUCGCACUCAAGAGCUACCUCAACAAACACCAGGAAGCAACUUGCGUGCGCGAAGACGAGUCGGCGCGCGUGCUCGAAGAGGAGCCGGCGCCGGCCGCGGCCUUGCCCGAUCUCUCCGACGCCGCUACCGAGUAGUGACCGCCUCACCACUCGAGACGCAUCUUGGGACCGUAAUCUCUGCCGUAUGUUUUACAUCUUAACGUAAAGUAUUACAAUAUGAAUUUAGCUUGUUAGAACUAUAUUAAAUGUACAAUUUGCAAUAAGAAGAGGUCACGACCAGCGCUGCCGUCGAUGAAGAAGGAGCAGCGCCGGCCGGGGACUCGCGAUCGAGCAACGUUUCGCAAACAACGAAUCACGUAUGAACCCCGUAGCGCCGACAGCGGCGGCAUUAGGCCGUAGCGACAGACGUCCGGAUUAACAUUUAGUUAUGUAUAUAAUUAUCUAUAAAUUAUACCCUUAUAUACAUAGA